AGUUCCUUCAUUCCUUUCUUACUCAUUGCUAUUUCCUACUUUCUCCUUUACCUUAUUGGUUAUUAGCUUCCUCCACACUUGCUGUUUUAUUCUGUUCUGUGUUUUAAAACCAUUAAAUUUCACAGCAUAAAAAUGGCUUUGGCUUUGCUAUCAUCAUUCCCUACCAUUAAUACAUACACGUACAGCAAUAUUAGAAGACUCUCACCUUCCCUAUCAUUCUCAUCUAAUGCAGUUACCACCUUACACAAAUCUUUUUCUCGCAGGAACUCAUGCAACAAAGCUUAUGCUUUUCGCAAUUGUUAUAAUAAUAGACCAUUUUUUCACCAGCCUUUAGAUCAUCACAGAAUCUUUUCUACAAAGCGCACAGGCCUACUUCUAGUGCCAUUCAAUGCUAAUAAGAACUCAGAACCAGAAGGAGGAGGAGGAGCAGGAGCAGGAGCAGGAGGAGAAGGUAAAGGAGGUGAACAAGACUUCAAAGCCAUGGAAACAGUCCUCAGACUUUACUCCGCCAUCAAGAGCAAAAACGUUCAUGAAUUAUCCGACGUAAUUAGCGAUGAAUGUCAAUGUGUUUGCAAUUUUUUCUCGAGUGGUUUUCAACCCUUUAAUGGAAAAAAGCAAGUGUUGGAUUUUUUCUUGCGUCUGAUAAAAAGCUUGGGGAACCACAUUGAAUUUGUUGUGACACCAACUAUGCAAGAUGGAUUGAAUGUUGGUAUCAAAUGGAGAUUAGAGUGGAAAAAUAUAAAUGUGCCUCUAGGAAAGGGGGUCAGCUUACAUAUGUGCCACGUUUAUCAUGGAAAGAUGGUAAUAAGGAAUUUAGAGAUGUUCUUGGAACCACUCCUUCCUGUUGAACCUUUUAGACUGAGAACUAUAAGAUACACGACGAGUAUAAUGGAACACCUGAGUUCUCUCUUGAUCUUCAGGAAUAAACCCAAACGAGUUGCAUACAUUUUGCUCUCGCUCUUUAUCAUGGUUGCCCUUAUAAUAUUCUUCAAUUUAACUACGUUUUAGCUUAUUUGAGGUGGCAUUGUGGUUGUUUUUGGAGCUAGUUUGACCACUUUGGUCGAUGGGCUCCUCCCCAAAGACGGAAGCAACAUCUUUAAGUUUGUUAGCAUAUCGAUGGAAAUUAUAAGGAAGCAUUUCUUGAAUAGGAUUACAGUACAACACAUUGUUUUUGUUUACUUUGAUUGUAUAAUAAUAAUAAUAAUAAUAAUAAUGGUCUUGAACAGGAUUCAACCAUGGCGAUAGGGAACUAUAAGCAUAAAGUCCAUUACUAGGAGAAACAUGUCUAUAAUCUGAUAUAUAGUCUGGAAUCUAAUCUAGAUGGUUUUACAAUCAGUCAAAAACAAUCUAAGCAUUCAAACAUCAAAUAAAAGACGCAGCUAAAAAGCUUUGGUUGUUGCCAUUAAACAAAGAUACAAGAAGUUGCAGUUAAAACCAACAGCUUUUGCCAUCAAACAACAUACAUAGAAUGGUCCUUCCGGUCUGUACAGAGUAAAUUAUCGUUCUGUCACAGUUUUGAGGUUAGGCAUUUCAGAAAGCGAGAACCUCGUUGAAGCGAACCAGAAAACCUACACCAACAUGGUUAUGGCAUAAUUCCAACAAACUCCAUGCCAUUAACCCUUGAUUCUAAACAUAAUAUAACCAAGUACUGUAAAAAACAACAUAUCAGCUAACCAUGUCAAUGCAACCCCAAAAAGUCUAGGUUAAAAACAAAAAGAAAAAGAA